AUGGAUUUAUUAGAGAUGUGGGUGAUCUUCGGACCAGGGGUGUCAGGUGCUGUUUUUGGAGCUGGGUGGUGGUUCUGGGUAGAUGCUGUGGUUUGCAGUUCAGUUCAAGUCUCAUUUGUGCACUACCUUCCUGGUAUAUUCGCAUCCAUUGCAGCUCUGAUGUUUAACUGUGUCAGAAAAGAGGAUAUCGACUACUCUCCAUAUGACGAAGGCGAAUGGAGAUUGAAGCUGUGGCUCUUCUUUGCAUACGUGGUCUCCUUCGUUUCGCUCGCAGCAUCGGUUGGUUUGUUGAUACAAGACUCGAUUGUCGUGGACGGGCCUUCGGUGUGGACGGGAGUAGCUGGAGUCUUGCAGUGUGUGUUUGUACUGAUCAGUGGAUUGAUCUACUGGACAUCACACUCGGAAUGA